GGAUUUUUGCAUUACAUCUCGCCAGUAGUUUUCGAAGAACAUUUGCAUAAAGUAGUUGUAAUUAAUGCAGAAAAAGAUUAUAAUAACAAAACAUACGCACGCAUACAUAGUGUCUGAUGAAUUUUGAAAAAAAAAAUCUGCCCACUACAACUAAUAGUGACUCUUAAAAAAGUAUUAAAACAUAACAAAUCUGUAUUAAAAACUUACAAGUAUACAACACAAAUAUGGCUGCCAUUUUACAACGUUUUAAGCUAAUGCUCCAGCGCUAUCCAGUGACGCGUGGUAUGGUAUCGUACAGCUUAAUUUGGCCGACAAGUUCGCUCAUACAGCAGACCUUCGAAGGAAAAAGAUGGCCUGACUACGAUUGGUGGCGCACGUUACGCUUUAGUCUCUAUGGCGGCCUAUUUGUUGCACCAACCCUUUACAGUUGGAUCAAAGUAUCGAGCGCUAUGUGGCCACAAACAUCUAUACAAACGGCUAUUUUCAAAACAGCUGUCGAACAGAUUUCCUACACACCCGCUGCCAUGACGUGCUUUUACUUCAUAAUGAGCCUGCUGGAGUUGAAGACUGUGGAGGAGGCAGCCGCCGAGGUGCGCAAGAAAUUCUUACCCACAUAUAGGGUGGCGAUGUGUAUUUGGCCGGUUGUUGGCUUAAUAAAUUUUUCAGUCGUACCAGAGAAGAAUCGUGUGCCUUUCAUCAGUGUUUGCAGUUUAUUGUGGACAUGUUUUCUAGCUUAUAUGAAACAUUUGGAACAUCAACAUGUUGAUGAAAUGGAUGGUUUAUUUGCAUCGAAAGAUGCUAAACCUUAACCUUAGGUUUUUCGCCUAAUUUUUAACAAGCCUACAUUAGUUUUAGUACAGUUUUAUAAUUAAGAUUUGCAGACAAUUUGUGUUAUUUGUAAAAACUAUAAUUUAAAGUUUGUGUUGAAUAUUCGCUAAGUAUUUAAAAAUGCAAAUAAAUUAAAAAACUUCGUUGUACUCGAAAUAA